GAUAAUCAUCAUCAUCAAGAGGUAGCUAGCUAGAGCAAUGGAUUUUGAGUUGACACCCAAGCUGGCUCCAAAAAAGCUGUUUGCAGGUGAUGGAGGGAGUUACCAUUUAUGGGCACCUUCUGAUUUUCCAUUGCUCAAAAAUCUCAACCUUGGUGCUGCCAUCCUGCUUCUCAACCCUGCUGGUUUCGCCCUUCCUCACUGUGCCGAUUCCUCCAAACUCGGAUAUGUUUUACAAGGUGUAGGAAUAGCUGGGAUGGUUUUAGAUCAGUCUUCAAAAGAAGAGAUCUUGCCUCUUUCCAAAGGUGAUAUUUUACCAGUACCCACCGGAGGAGUUUCAUGGUGGUUUAACUCCGGAGAUUCAGAUCUCGUCAUCCUUUUCAUUGGAGAUACCUCUAACGGCUACGUUCCUGGCGAGUUCACCUACUUCUUCCUCACCGGAACGCAAGGCAUCUUCUCUGCUUUCACUCCCGAACUCAUGACCGGAGCCCUUCGCAUGGAACAACAACAAGCAUCCACCAUUUUAGAUAACCAAAAUGGUACUCUCAUCAUCAAACUACCUCCUCAAGAAGCUAAAAACAUAACCCACUUGCAGAUCAGCAGCUGUGUCGACAAGUUUGUGAAGAAGAUGGUUAGCAGCAGCUGCUGUAAAAGGGUAUUAUUGACGGGAGCUGAGUUCGAUUUUCUUGAGAAAGUAGGGUUGAGUUGCAGCCUCAUAAAGCUCGAAGCUGAUGAGUUGCUGUCUCCGAGUUACACUGCAAAUAGUAAGGCAGUUCAAGUGUUUUAUGUUGUGGCAGGGAAAGGGAAGGUGGAGAUUGUGGGCAUGAAUGGGAAACUUGUGUUGGAUACUGAAGUGGAAGCUGGGAAAUUGCUUGUGGUUCCGACAUUUUUUACAGUCGCCAUGAUUGCUGGUCAACAAGGAAUGGAGCUUUUCUCUGUCCUCACCACCUCAAAGCCUGUCAUUAAAGGGUUAACUACAAAGGACUCUGCGUUGAAUGCAAUAUCACUAGCAGUUGUGCAAUCCAUGUUUGCAGUGUCCCCAGAGUUGAUACAGGAGAUGAAGUCAAAGAUUAACAUAUGAUUAUCACUUCUCCCGCAAACUAUUACUUAUUAAUAAUUAAGCACAUUCAAGAUUUCACUGAAAAUGGCACUACUUUUCAUAUUUUAGGUUUUAUAUUAUUUAGGUUUGCUACUUUAUAUAUAACUAUAUAUAUAUAUAUAUAGAUAGAGAGCGAGAGCUAAAUCAUGUAUUUUCUUUUGGUGGAAAGAGCUAAUUAUGCAUUGAUCUUGCAUCAAUAAUGUGGAUUGCAAUAAAAUUAUGCUCUAAAUUGUAUUA